GUCGGCGGAAGCGUUGGAAUUCGUGUGAUCGGUGGUAACGAAGUUGGUAUUUUUGUCUCGGCAGUGGCAGCCGAUUCACCGGCAGCGCUUCAUGGCGUUUGUUGUGGGGAUCGUAUCGUUGAGGUGAAUGGUCGGCCGAUGCGUGGUGUGACCCGGGAGUCGGCUGUUCAACUGCUUCUAGCCCUCGACGAUCAUGUGUCAUUACGAUUGGAACACGCCCGGCAGGACUUUGAACACGUUCGUAACAGUCAGCUGGGAGAUAACUUCUACAUUAGGUCGCACUUUACGAAAGAGAAGAAGUCGAGCCCGCUGGAACUGUCCGUAAGCGAAGGUGACAUUUUUCAUAUCACCGACACGCUUUUCGGCGGUACGGUCGGUCUUUGGCAAGCUUCCAGAGUCUACUCGGCCAAUGCCAAUAAAGGAGAACCACCAAAGGGAGUGAUUCCGAACCAGGCAACGGCGGAGUCAUUGGCACGCGAGCAACGGCGACUGGACGAGGGAGGUACGUUGCUUCGGCGUAAACUGGAGUCCCGUCGGACGAAAUCGUUGCCGAAGAAUGUGCUGACCGAUCCGACCGAGCUCUCUUCCAGCGCCCCACCUCCGGCUUAUGAGCGAGUGGCGUUGAACACGCCGAGCUUCCACAGGCCAGUCGUCUUGUUCGGACCAUUAGCUGAUGUCGCCAGGUCGUACCUAUUGUCGCAAUUCCCGACUCGAUUCGCUGAACCGUCGCCAAGUGAUUACUGUGGUGGCGGAGGUACCGCUGGAUCGGGUGGUGUUAUACGAUUAGCUGCUCUGGAUAGUGUGAUCGCAUCUGGGAAACAUUGCGUACUGGACAUUAGUUUGGAAUCGGUAGGUCUUGUGGUAUGA